AUGAAAAGGAAGUGCGAGUUUCCUACUAGAGAAGGUACAAAAGUCACUGGGUUUCUCCUCACACACCCCUUAUCUGAACUUCCCGAUGCCAAAACCCUCCCCAAAGUAAGACAUCGUUGUGAUAUUCCUGUUCUUAUAUUUCAUAAUAUUCCCCACCAUACCUCCGGUACAAUCUUACUCACUGAUCUAACACAAAUUAAACAGAGAACAAGCGUCAAAGCCAAUCAAACUGCUUUUCUUACAGGUAUACCUGAAUGCAAACUUGACAAGAAGGUGUUUAAUAAAGAUGAGUUAUUCACUGUUAAAUUAAAAGAUACAUUUGAUUCAUAUUUGAAAAUAUUUGAAGGUGUGGAUUCAGGAUUUGCUAUAGCUAGAAUCAACUUUGAUCUUUACAAAUUUAAUAAUAAAUAUUAUGAAGGGUUUGGAAAUAGUUGUCGAAUUGUAUACAAGAAGAAUUUAUUUAAAGAAAUGAUGGGAAUUGAACGUGAAUUCAUCAAUUUUCUUGAUCGAUUGAAAAAAUGUGUUAGUAAAGAAUUUUACCAUAAGCUUGAUUUGAAAUAUGGAUUUACUGAAUUUGUAGUAACAAAUGGUGUGUUGGAUGAAGAUAUUGAUAAAUUGUCACAAAAUCCCAAUUUUUUGCAAAGUCAAAUGCCUAAUGCAGAUACUGAUGAAGAUGAAGGUGAAGAUUUGAAUAAUGUAGACGAUGAUGAAAACGCUUUAUCUCCCAUGGCAAGUAAUAAUGAUGUUAGUUUUAGUAUAAAUCCACCUCGUGAUCAAAGUAAGAAGGAUUCUGUUGUUGAACGUGUUGUUGAAUCGCAGAUCCCAGAUAAGGAUGAUGAUGAUGAUGAUGAAUACUCAGAUGAUGAUUUUGAUGUCGGUGAUGUUUAUGCAACGGCGCCAAUGGGGAAUAUAUCAGCCCAAUACUCUAUAUCUCAGGAUAUAGAAACUGAUAACGCACGAAAUGGGGUAUCAAUUCCACUACAGGUAAAUAAAAUGGUGAAAAUUCGACAAUUUGCAACCAUUGCCGAUCUUAGAAAUGCUUGCAAAAAUAUAAGUUCUGAUGAUUCAACAAUAUUUGUUGUCGAUACAGUGAAGGGCUUUACCAUGGUACCAGAAGUUCCAUUGGUGAUUACUCCAUCAAGUAAGCAAACUAUGGGUUUUGCGUCUUUCAAAUUAUACUUGAGUGACGAGAAUGGAUAUAAUUUACCAACAGAGUUUCUGAAUGAAGAGCUUUGUCGCUUCCUUGGAAUACCAUCACUAGAUCUGAUUGAUGGAAGAGAAUUACAGAGAAUAAAACAACAAUUUACAAAUUUAUUAAAUCAAAUGGAAAUUAAGAAAGUAAAAUUGAGAAGCAAGACAAAAGUUCUCAAUCGUGGUAUUAAAUUGGAAACCUGGUGUAUAGAAUCUCCUAUAUUAGAGCUAAUUUAA